AGCUCCUCUUAGAAAGUAGUUUUGAAACAGGUUUGGUGUUUUCGGUAAAUAUUUCCGUGUUUUCAGUGAAAAUGUCUUCAGUUCCGCCUCAGAGAGAGUUUAUCAACGAGCAGGUAACUCCUGCUGGAGAAACAUUCACAGAGUUUAAAGAAAUCAACGUUAAGAUGGAGGAAGAGAUGGAGGAUCAGCGCAGACUGAUGGAUUUUACCCGGAUACCGAGGAUCAUCUUACACCGGAUAGAUCUCCCACAGUGCUGGGUGUGUAAAGAGGAGGAGGUUCUCAAUGAAUUCAGCAACCAGGAGAGGAAGUCCACUUCAGGUAAAGAAGAACCAGAACAUCAAGAGUUCAAAGAGGAAGAGAAGCAACUCUGCAUCAGUCGGGAUGAAGAGCAGCUUGUGCUGAAACAGGAGACUGAUGACAUUUUGGUGAAUCCUCUUAAUGUGCAAAGAAUCCACAAUGAAACAGAACCACAGAGGAACCAACUCAUCUCUCAUGGCUCUGCUGAGGAUGAGAACCAGGAUCAGGAAGGCAGCAAUUCUGAAGACCCGGGAAAAAAGAGAAAGGAAGAACAGAAACAAAAGGAGAAAUAUGAGAAAACCAAAGAGCAGAAAGGCAGAACUGACACUGAAAAGCAAAAACAGCACAAGAAACUCACACAGGGCAAAAAUCUUAUUCUUGUAAAAUUUGUGAUAAAAUCUUUUCUCAAAACAGUAACUUGA